GGGAGAGUUGGCCCGAUCGGCCUAGACACCUGUGCGUCGCGCCCAGAGCUGCCGGUGGAAAAUCGUGAGUGUAUAAAACAAAGCAACAAUGCAGAAACAGAAGUCCGCCAAGUCAUGCCUCCCCAGCGCGUCGGCCACAGCCUUAUUAAUCAUUCUACUGAUUGUUUGUCUGACUGAGGGCGCAACAGAACAAAGAAUUAAUAAUAGGGGUAGCAAGUCGUCCCAUCUUAUUCAGAAAAUCAAUGGAUGGCGCAGCCAACGCGGAGGUUCCUGCUUAAGCUACGGCCAUUCUUGCUGGGGAGCACACGGCAAGCGAUCUGGGAAGCCGCCCGCAUCAGCCCCUGAUUGGUUCAUUACAAGAAUGUUACGACGUAUGGCUAACAAUGAGAUGCAAAACGGCAACAAUUUCGAAGUAAAACACAAUGACGCAGAUGACAUCUUCCGGGUGGAUAUAGACGACUCGUCGGCGAACAACCCUUUAAAAGACAGCGAAGAUCUACCACUGGAUGCAGCAUCAAAGUUACCAGAGGCCAAACCCAUGUUGGACGACGACUUACUCACGAAAAUAAAACUGUGGCAAAUAAUGCGGGUUGCCUCACAAGACCACUAAGCUGCUAUAAAAUCGACUAAAGAGAUUAACAUCUUUAUUUAUACGAAUACUCCUAUCAAAUACCGUCAGUUGUAGGGCUGGGUUACAAUUGACCGUUUGUAUCAUAUAGUCUAAGAUUUCUGAAUAAAUAAUAUUUACAUACAACAUAUAUACUUCAAAUCUCUUAGAAUUUUGAACUUUAUAAAUCUGUUGAUCUUGUGGUGAAA